GGAUUUUGGAUUUGUUUUUGAGUUCUCUGGGAAUGACACGUACUGGGCUAACCUUGCGACGAUGAAGUCAUUUGUAAAGAGCCUUAUUUCAAUGCAGAAAAAGAGCAACUCUCCCUUGAUCCACUGCAGGAGUGCAUCUGGCAGCUCGACGCAUCGCCAGUGCACACAUCCCUUGAGUUUCGUGCUUGGUUGUAUGAAAACUUUCCCUGGAUAGUUCUUGAUUAUAUCCCUGGUGGAUGCACAGAGGUCUCUGGCAGCCCUGCGACGUUGGUAUACAGUGCCCACUGAAACACGCUGUGAAACGAUCACAGCAGACAGCAGCGAUAAAAGAGGUCUACUCGCAGUUACAAACUGGGGUGGACUCAUGCAAUGUCAGGCUCGACACUAAGCUCGGAACACUAAGGGACCGUGUUCCUGAGACCCUCAUUCACGCAUUCAACGCCAUGAAUCAGGAGGAUAAAAUCCAGAAGGCCUUCGAACUCUGUUGCUCAGGCAAUUUCAACCUAUCUCAUUCCAGCCUAACCAGUCGCCCACUACGCCUGAUCCUCGACUCCCUCCCCCAAACCAAUCCCGAUCUUGCAAGUGCAAUAACAGCACCCCGCAAGCAACCCUGUAAUGAUGGCAAACGGCUCCCAGGCUCCAGCUCUGUCACAGUUGAGACAGAGUUCACGGAUACUCCGGAGGAUGAUGCCGAUGUGAUGGUGGAAGAGGUCUUUGAACAUGUAGCUGGGUGUGCGGUGGAUGGGCUUGAGGUGAUUGACGGUGGCCUGCAGGCCGCAUCAACUUAUGCUGAGGAGGCUGAGUCUGGUGUCCUCCUAGGUGAGACUACCUUAAUCCCUUCUUCCUCGGGUCUUCAAAACUGUGACCUUGGCCGUGGAAGGCGAGUCAGACAGGCACGCAACUUGGAGGAAGAAAUGGCGAUUGCCAAUUUUUGAAGGUAUGUAUUACCUAAAAAAGAAAUUUGAAAUAUAUUUGCAUAGCCAUGAGGGCCGCAUUGACUUGCCCCAACCUUUUUCUCAACGUGAUGCGUGACAAAAUGGCAUAUUUGAGCCGGACCUUUUUGCUAGCGUGACGCGUGACAGGUAGUUGGUUGUGUUAGUACAGUACGUCCGCGUCGUUGGUGGAAAGCUUGAGGAGAAAAGCUGCCAUUUUACGACGGGGAUUAUGAAAUUGAAGUGCUGCGGAGACGAAAUGAAUGGGGAUCGGAUCCAUUUCGCGUACUCACCCACACAAACAUAGGUACAUC